AUGGACCUGCCCACGGAGACACUGGACGCCAUCUUCGCCCACCUGCAGCCCCGCCCCGCCGAGCUCGCCCGCGUCGCCCGCGUCUGCCACCGCUUCCGCGCCGUCGCAGAGCGCAUCCUCUACGCGCACAUCUUCAUCUCCGAGAGCCUCCCCCGCUCGUCCGCCUUCCCCCACCGCCUCCACCGCUGCUGCGAGACCCUCCUCGCCCGCCCAGACCUCCGCGACCUCGUCCGCCGCCUCACCGUCCGAUGGCAGACCGAUCCCAGCGCGCGUGACCAGUACGAGCCCUUCGUCCAGCCCGUCCUCCGCACCCUCAACGCCGCCCUCCGCCGCCUCCCCCAGCUCGACGCCCUCGACCUCGCCCUCGGCCUCGUCGGCGUCCCCGUCUCCGUCCACACCGUCCUCGCCGGCUGCCGCUUCCCCGCCCUCCGCCUCUUCGCCCUCUACGGCAUGGGCCCCGGCAGCAUCCCCGUCAAGGACGCCCCGGACACCCUCGUCCUCCAGCACUUCCUCGCCGCGACCCGCACGCUCGAACACCUCGUCCUCGGCGACCACCACGCCCCCCUCGCCCUCGCCCCAGACCACCUGCCCCAGCUCUCCGCCUUCAAGGGCACCGCCGCCGCCGCAGAGUCCAUCGUCCCCGGCCGCGCCGUCCACCACCUCGCGCUCGUCGGCCAGGACCAGUUCGCGCCGCGCCAGCUCGCCGAGCUCGCCCGCGGCCGCGCCCCCGUGCGCACCCUCGACCUCUCCGCCGUCUCCGUCACCCCGAACACGCUCAAGGCCGUCUCCGGCCACCUCUCGGGCGUCGAGCACCUCCGCAUCCGCUUCGCGCUCAGACACACCCUGCACCACUCCUUUACGGGCAUCAGCAUCCUCGCCGGGCUGUCCCCCGCGCUCGGCGCGUUCCCCGCGCUGCGCCUGCUCGACCUCUCCGCGACGCCCGCGCUCAACGGCGGGCUCGGCUCCUCGCUCGAGGAGGUCAACCUCUGCCAGACGUGGGGCCGCAGCUGCCCGUCGCUCCGCGCCGUCGUCUUCCCGUCCAAGACGGAGUGGACGCUCUCCGGCCCCGAGCACAUCUGGGUCUCCAAGUCGCCCCCGCGGUACACGCGCAGCUAG